CUGAGAGAGGGAGAGAGGGAGAGAGAGAGAGAGAGAGAGAGAGAGAGAGAGGACGAUCGGACUUGGACGUCGCGCGGCCCAUACACAGACCGAAGCCCGUGCGCCCGUGACUGGAUCCACCGGAUGCAAAAGAAAGUACAGUCAGAGAAAUAGGAAACAAGCCAUUCCUUUCCACGACGGACAGCAGAGGAGAGAAACAGCAAUACAACUUGUCAUCUGACCAAUACAGUCACUGAUCUCGUCGCUGUUUGUGUGUGUGUGUGGGAGAGAGUGUGUGCUUGUACACACUUUCCCUUCGGUUGUUUUGUUUUGACGGAGGUCUGCUUGGCAACUAUUUCGGGAUCUGCUUUUUGAUUGCAGGAAGAUUAACUCGGGAUAUUAUUUUACAAGUUUUAUUUGUAAUAUUCUCCUGUCCGUGCGGUGUUCGUUGACAUUUUGACGCCUUUGCAUUUUUAUUAUGGGCAGUAUUCUUGCUCAGAUCUGACUGACUAACCCUCCCACACUGGUCCUCUGAGAAUAACAGCUUGAUCUACUGAAGAUUUAAAAAGAAAAAAUUCAACUGCAAUGGAAUAUUUCGAUGAAAAUAAUUCUGCAAGGAAAUAAGGAACUCUGCACAACCUAAAGUGAAAGUGAUCAGCAUACUUGUCCUAUUGGUAGGCUCUUCGGUCAGUUUACCACGCCCCUUUAAGUGCCCCCGGUAUCUUUCUACGACCCAAUCUGGCCCAGGAUGUCCAGGCAGCUCUCUCAGCUUCCGAACCCUGACCUCCCAGCUGGCGCAAGCCCACAGUUUGGAAGUUGUACCCAGCCUGCAGGUUCCCUCACAGGGGGGCAUCUCACGGGUCUUAAAUCGCUCCUGCAGCACCCCAUAAAGGGAGACCAACGUUUAAAAGCAUGUGAUGCAAAAGACAAAGAGAGGCUAGACAUUGAGGAGGACUCCAUGGGAGUGUGCCCCAUUAGGAAUGGCAGUGGAAUAGGCAACAGUAAUAGCAGUAAUGGCUGUGGAGGAGGUGGAGGUGGUGCUGGAGGAGGAAAUUUCAGCCAGUUCUUGGCACCCCUCUUGUGGGAUCGCACCCUGCCUGCAGAUGGGGGCCUCUUCCAGCUUCAGUACAUGGACUUGGAGGAAUUUCUGGUUGAAAAUGGAAUGGGCAACAUGCAUAACAACAACAGCUCCAGUUCAGCCCAGAUCCCCUCACAGAGCUCCCCGUCAGCUGUGCCCAAUCAGAGCUCCCAGUGCCUACCGUCCUCAUCCCCACCUUGCUCUUCGUCUUCAUCACCUUCUUCGUCUUCUUCCCCGUCCCUCAUUGGUUUGGAGGUGGCUCAGCCGCAGAGCCUUGGAGGAGGAAAUGACUGUUUGCAUGGGAGUCAGACGAGUAUGAAUGAUUCCUGUGAGUCGCCGUGUUCUUCCUCCUCGUCCUCCUGCCCUCCUAUGCUAACGCCCACGGACAGUGGGCCAGAUGGAGUCGGAAUGUUUGACGUAGAUUCUUCAGACAUGGAUCUGUCCAACCAGCCGAACUUUGACCCCAGGAGGCACUCCUUCAGUGAAGAGGAGCUUAAGCCACAGCCAAUGAUCAAGAAGGCCCGCAAGAUCCUGGUGCCUGAUGGCUUGAAGGAUGAGAAGUACUGGACCAGGAGGUAUAAAAACAAUGAAGCUGCAAAGCGUUCUCGAGAUGCUCGGCGUCUUAAGGAGAACCAAAUAUCCGUGCGUGCCGCCUACUUGGAGAGAGAGAACGCCGCCCUCCGACAGGAAGUGGCCGAGAUCCGGAAGGAACUGGGCCGCUGUCGUAACAUCCUUAGUAAAUACGAGAACCGUCUCGCUGACCAGUGAUGAAGACGUGGAGCAAAAUCAGGAAGAGGAAAAAUUUAAGCUGGAUUAAAUUUAAGACUCUGUAUUCUUGGGGUGACACAAAGGACAGAAUGGGGUUCAAGAAAAUGUGAUGAUGAUGAGAAAGAUGAUUAUGAUGAUGAAUGUAUAAGGCAAGGAGAAGACUUGUGUAUUGAAGCUCAGGUGUCUUGUUUUUUGAGGUGUCAGCUCUUAAAAUUGAAAGAUGGAGAAAAUAAUUUAACAGAUGAAAAGUAUGUGACUUUUAAGAGUUUUGUUAUUGGAGAAUUGUAUAUUUUUAUAAUACUUGAGAAAAAUUAGACGGAGAGAAAAUUUCGAGAAUAAUUUUGUAUAUUUUCUACAUAGAGAUUGGGGAAAGCAAUGGUAAAAAUCUUGUCCAUUGAAGGUUGUUUUCUGUUGACUUGAUUAAUGUAGUCGGGAUGCCGCAGCAGGGGCGAGGAUGCAUGUAACAAUUGUAAUAUAGAGAGCAAAAAUUAUCUUAUAAUCGUAUACUUCAACAUUUUUGUGGAUUUUAUUAAUUUGUUUUCCUCUUAUGUUUCUGUCCCUGGGAAUGGUCAUGCUAGAGAGAGACAAAAGGGUAGACACCAUGGAAACAGUCCACUUCUAUCUUCAACAUUUGUCUUGUGCGUUCUUUUUUAAUAGAACAACUUCAUCCUUUUUUUUUUUUAAUUAACUCAAGAUCCCCAGCAUUUUUAGUUUUUGGUACUUUGAGCUUAACUUUAUGCCACUGGCCAUCUUUCUCUAACCUAUGCUUUUUAUCUUUGACUCAAUCUCCUCUUCUCUAUCCCAGUUGAGUGCUUUUAAUCUACUCUGGUGUCUCGUAUCUCACCUAAACUUGUGAAAGCCUAUUGUGAUGCCCUGGGUGACUCUGCUCCCUCUUAAUCCUCUCUUUUGAAUUGUUGGGACAUUUCACUUCCUCUGUUUCUAUAUCCAACCGCACUAUUUCUGUCCGCUUGCACUUACAGCCAAUCCCCUCACAAUUAUGUGCAAACUCGUCCCAUAACAUGUUGUCCCCGUGUCUCUCUCUUCUACCUUGACAGUACAUUGAGUAGUUAAAUCUCAGUGUUGUAACGUAUUCUGAAAUAGUAAUCAAUCUUCCCAAUAAAACGCACAUCGUUACUUUACUGUACUUUAUGAACACAGUUUAAUUAGCAUUAUUAUGGGGGAGACAUAUUGUAUAUUGGAUAGGCCUACACUAUUUUGUGUAUUUGAUGUAUUCCAGGAGAUGGGUUGAAUACCCCCAUUGAGUGGAAUGGUGUUAAUUUCUCAGAUUUCUGGGAGAAAUAAAAGCCAAAAUUUCCUACGUUCAUCCACAAAGCUUGUUGCUAUUUAGUGCUUUUUUCAAUACUGUUCUUUCCUUACUGUUUAUUCCUGUUACUACUCUUUACUUUUAACUGUAUCUAUAAACUUCUUUUUUUUUUUACCCACAACAACUAUACAUGGGGCAUGGUACACUAUGAUCCUGGGGAGGGAUGACUAGUAAUAGAGAGUGAUUUUAGUCCCCUAAUGACCAUGAUGAAUAGUUACUGCUAUUAUUAUUGUUAUGAUUAUGAUGAUUAUCCCUCUUGUUGUUGCUGUUCUAUAUUAUUGAAUUAUUUUCCUUUUUGGACAAACAUGAUCUGUUGCACCUUGAAACAUCUUUGAUCUUCAGUGUUCCUCAGAAAGACUAUUCAAGUGGAGAAAAAAACCCUCACUCUGCAAUUUGCAUCCUGUCUCAUACCUCUCCAGACAUUACUCACUUCUACUAUGGACACUACUGCCACCUUUGAUUUUUUUUGACCAUGGAUUUCACAAGCGUGGCUCAAUAACUUGAACAUGAUAUUCAUGCAGACUUACUUUACCUUUUGUGAUGACCUCUUCUGUUCCGCAGCAGUGUACAGACUAUGCACACUAUCAAUAUGUUCCUUGUUGGUUUAUUUCAGCCUUUAUCACCUCAAUCAGUGAUUGUUUGCUCUCCCGACAGGAUUUAGUCUCUAAUGUCCUCACAGAUGUGGUUGAUAAAUCUUUUAGCAACUAUAAUUGAAUAUAACUGCCCUGCUGCAUCAGUGGUGGUCCAUGGUGCCCAGCCCACUCAGUGCUGGUUGUUUGAAUAGAGUUGAGAUUUUUCCAAAAACACCAAUAAAAGAUUGUUCUCAUUCACUA